AUGGGAAGUGGAGGUUCCCCUUUACUCAGUGGGUAUUCUCAACAUCAUCAAAACAUAGAGGAUCUUUUCUGUGAAAAGCUAGGGUUUGAGAAAGCCCUCAUCUAUCCUUCUGGAUAUCAAGCCAAUAUCGGAAUUUUAAGCACCCUUUUAGAAUCUAAAUCCAUUGUUUUAGCGGAUCGAUUUAUCCAUGCUUCUGUUGUUGAUGGCAUUCGACUCAGUGGAGCAAAGCUUAUCCGAUUUGCCCACAAUGACAUCGAUCAUUUCACUAAUCUUAUACAGAAAUACAAACCUCACCUCGUCAUCACCGAAUCAAUUUACAGUAUGCAAGGAGAUAUCGCUCCCUUAGAAAAAAUCAGCACCUUUUGUGCUCAGCAUUCUAUUCCUUUCAUGGUUGAUGAUGCCCAUGGAUUUGGAGUACUUGGAGAAUCUGGCUUAGGCGCCAUGGAUCACUGGAAUUUCAAAGAUUUUAGCCCUGAAAUCCUGACAAUUCCUUUUGGAAAAGCUUUAGGCUUUAGUGGGUGCAUCGUUUUAUCCUCUGCAAAG